AUGGAAACACGAAAAUCCUCUAGCCCUGACACAGUCUUGGGUCCUGAAGAGGUCGAAGCAUUCUCUAAAGCCAAGGAUAAACUAUUCAUUACGCUAUAUCGCAAGCGGGCAACCUAUUUUAAAAGAUGGCUGCGAGUGACUGACAGGUAUUUUACUGCUCUUGAGGAACACGAUCGAACAAUCGAGAAUAUACAGAGAAAUUUCAUCGAUGAUGUUAUCGACAAGUACGCCAUGAGAAUUGAACACAGAAAGGAAAGGUUCAAAAACAAAUUCCGGCAUGCGGUAUCUGAUGACGGUAAAACUUUACCGUUUUUGAAUGGUAUGGAUUUGUUGAUAUGGCCUAAAAACAGGGCUCACCGCGAAGAAUUGAUCGAGAAGGAGAAUGAAUACCACCAGAAGAACCAGAAAAUUAAUCCUGAUACACAAAUGCAAAAGAAGCCGGUGUCUGAGGGUACUCCCCUUGAUGGUAAUGCCGCGGUGCAGGCACAAGGCGGUUCUGAAGACUGGGAAAGGCAAGCUGAAGAAAGCGACACUGGAUCGGUCUCUUCGAUGGAGCCAUAG